GUAACCCUGGAGUGAAGCAGUUUAGUUAGAAGGGGGCAGAUAAACUCGUCAUUCUAGUGGCUUUAACCCUCACCCUGAGGCGCCUUAGCAACCAGUCAUUGCCUGCGAGCCUCUAAAGCUUGUCUUUGCCUCAUAUGGAGCCCAAAGAAGUCACUGGGAAAGAAAACAUGGUCACCAAGAAAAAGAAUCUGGCCUUCUUGAGGUCCAGACUCUAUAUGUUGGAGAGAAGGAAGACUGACACUGUGGUUGAGAGCAAUGUUUCUGGGGACCACUCUGGCACCUUGAGGAGGAGCCAAUCUGACAGGACCGAAUACAACCAGAAAUUACAAGAAAAGAUGACUCCACAGGGUGAGUGUUCUGUAGCUGAGACCUUAACCCCAGAGGAAGAGCAUCAAAUGAAGAGGAUGAUGGCAAAGCGGGAAAAGAUCAUCAAGGAGCUGAUACAGACGGAGAAAGAUUAUCUCAAUGAUCUAGAGCUGUGUGUUAGGGAAGUGGUUCAGCCCCUGAGAAAUAAAAAGAUUGAUAGGCUGGAUGUGGAUAGCUUGUUUAGCAACAUUGAGUCCGUGCAUCAGAUAUCAGCCAAGCUGCUGUCAUUGUUGGAAGAGGCCACAACAGACGUGGAACCGGCCAUGCAAGUAAUUGGAGAAGUAUUCUUGCAGAUUAAAGGGCCACUGGAAGAUAUUUAUAAAAUCUACUGCUAUCACCAUGAUGAAGCACAUAGUAUACUGGAGUCCUAUGAAAAGGAAGAAGAGCUGAAGGAACAUUUGAGCCACUGUAUCCAGUCCUUAAAGAAAAUAUACAUGCAAGAAGGCAAACCAAACUUAUUGGACAUGGACUCUUUGAUGAUCAAACCAAUUCAACGUGUGAUGAAAUACCCCCUAUUACUGUGCGAACUUCGGAAUUCCACCCCUCCCUCUCACCCAGAUUACAGAGCACUGGAUGAUGCUUUUGCUACUGUGAAGGACAUUAAUGUUAACAUCAAUGAACUUAAAAGAAGGAAAGAUUUAGUUCUAAAAUACAAGAAGAAUGACGAGGAUGAAUCACUUAAAGACAAAUUAUCUAAACUAAAUAUUCAUUCAAUUAGCAAGAAAUCAAAAAGAGUGACAAAUCAUUUGAAGAUUCUGACCAGAGGAGAAUCACAGGUUAAAGACAAUACCUUUAACAGAGAAGAAAAGCUGUUUAGAGCUUUAGAAAAGACUGUGAGGCUUUGUGUGAAGAACAUUUCACUCUGUCUUCAACACAUACAGGAUGCCAUGCCCCUGGCUCUGCAGAGUGUAAUGGACCUUCAGGAGAUUUCAUACAACAAAGACGAUGAGAUGGGCUAUUCUGAGACCCUAAGUAAUGCCUUAAAUUCGUGUCAUGACUUUGCAUCUCACUUACAGAGACUCAUCCUGACGCCCUUGUCAGCCCUGCUGACCUUAUUCCCAGGGCCUCACAAGCUCAUCCAGAAACGCUAUGACAAACUGCUGGAUUGCAACAGCUACCUGCAGCGAUCAGCAGGAGAGGAGUCAGACUUGGCCAAAAAGGAGUAUGAGGCCCUCAAUGCCCAGCUUGUGGAGGAGCUCCAGGCGUUCAACCAGGCUGCUCGGAAGAUUCUGUUGAACUGUCUGUGCAGCUUUAUCACCCUCAUUAGGGACCUGAUGCUCGUGGCACAGCAGGCUUACUCCACACUUGUGCCGGUGCCACUGUUGGUUUCAAGCAUUUCUGAGAUUCAGAAUCAAGUACUAGAAGAGGUCCAAAAUUUGAAUUGUGUGAAAGAAAACAGUGCCACCUUUAUUGAGAGGAAACUCAGUUUUGAAAAGAAGAAGCCUGUGCAGAUUCUGCCAGAAAUGCCACGUCAAACUGACAUUCAUCGCUCCAAACUUCUAUCCACAUAUAGUGCAGAGGAACUCUAUCAAGCUAAGCGCAAGUGCAAUGCUACACAAGAAUAUGACAUCAAUCUUCUGGAAGGAGAGUUGGUGGCUGUGAUAGAACAGAAGGAUCCACUGGGGAGUACAAGCAGGUGGCUUGUGGACACAGGAAAUGUGAAAGGAUAUGUUUAUUCCUCUUUCCUAAAACCCUACAAUCCAGCAAAAAUGCAGAAAGUGGAUACUGAGAACAGGUUCUGUGAUGAUGAUUUUGAGAACAUCAGCCUCUUUGUGUCUUCUCGGCCAGCAAGUGACAGUGUCACAGGCACCUCAGAAAGCAGCAUUGGUGAUAGCAGCUCAUCUCUUAGUGGCACAUGUGGAAAGUUUGAAACAAAUGGUACUGAUGUUGACAGUUUUCAAGAAGUAGAUGAACAGAUUUUCUAUGCAGUUCAUGCUUUUCAAGCACGGAGUGACCAUGAACUCAGCCUUCAGGAAUAUCAGAGAGUUCAUAUACUUAGGUUUUGUGACCUAAGUGGCAAUAAAGAGUGGUGGUUAGCUGAAGCUCAAGGGCAGAAAGGAUAUGUGCCAGCUAACUACCUUGGAAAGAUGACUUAUGCUUAA